AUGGCCGCAAUCACUCACUCAUUUGGUCCGACUUGUGCCUUAUUCGAAGAGCCAGAGCAUGCAGGAGACGAGGGGCAUCCUCGACCCCAUGUGAAGGCUCAAUUCUUCUAUGUCUCCUCACUCCCAAUUGACGACCCCCUCUCCCCUUUGCCACCAAUUUCAGCAGACAAAGCUGUUAACCUUCCUCCUCAGCCCUUUUCCAUUCGAGAUAAUGCGGCUCUAGAAGAAGCAUGGACUGCAUUCCAGAAAGAGGGCCAUGCAAGAGGAGGAAGCCAAAAUCCCCGAGGCAUCUCUGCAUUUCAAAAGUUUAGGAAUGCUAGUAGCUCCUCCAGUGUCAGGUCGCCGAGCUCAGAGGGGAGAGGAAGAGACAUAUCACAAGGUUUCAACAAAUGGCCUCGAAGAAAGCAACGAAAAUCAGAAUCACAGGUCAUGCUCGAUGAGAAUCAAGACAGCCGAGCGACUAGCCCAAAACCAGUGGAUGCGGAAGAGUUACAGUGCGAGGACCCCGUCCAUCAACAGCGACCUCUGGAAGAGCCUCGUGCAUCGCAUAGGCGUUUCUCUCCAUUUCGCCACAGGUCUAAAUCUAAGGAUCGCAAAGCUAGCAAAGAACCUACACCAAAGUCCGAUAUACCCGAACUUUCUACCUCCGUCGCCUCUGCAACGCUUGCUGGUACCAGCUCAGAUAUUAGCGGCCGACCAUUUGCACGAGCCCCUAGUGCGCGCAAUAUUAGUUCUGAAUUUAGAAACACUACAGGCUACUUGACAGCAUCCUCGGACGACUCUGCGGACGAGUCUCAAGCUGAAAACAGCCGUUCUCGCAGCAGAGAUCGGCAACGCCAUUCCAAGAGUAAAGAUAAGCAGAAGAAAAUCUUCGUGCCUGUGGGGGUUUCUCGACUCCAUCUUGUCGAAAUGCCUACUCUUGUAAUGAAACCAAUAUAUUGGUCCCCAAUAAACGAUACCUCCAAUGUCAUCCGAGCGACAUGGUUCUACAAAGACACAAUGUUACCUAUUCCGGCAGAUGUCGCAAAUCGUCUUGAGAUUGGGUAUGAGUAUAUGAUGCCAUACGCUGACCAUUAUCACGAAGAAUUACAAGCUUGUAUUGACAAUGGAGCGGUGGCUGAGCUCAAGGUUGUACACAGGCUAUGGCCUGAUGAGUCUACCUUUAGUAGACCGCCAACUGCAGUCGAUUUGAAACCGAGGCAAACCGCUAUUGAUGUUCCAGGUUCGAGCGAUAGCCACAUGCCGAAAGCCGCCAUGAAUGUGGCAGUAGAUCCUAGGAGAUCCCGUGAUAAGCGCCUCUUCUCGACUCAUAGCGUCGUAUACGUCGACGCCAGAAAUGCGCAAAUUUUACGACCAAGCUCGCUUCCCUCAGAGCGCCAAAAUCGUCGCCCCCUGAAUUCCAUACGGAAAGGCAGACAAAUUGGAGUGGCGGUUGUCCGUGGAUUUGAUAGGCAAGCAUGGUUGAAAAUCCACCCUGACCCGAAACUUAACGCAAAAUCGGCCCAUGCGAAAGUAGGUGCUUAUCUGUCCCAGUCCGGUGAUGCAACCACACGUGGACGCCGGAUGUCAUGCGCUGCUUGUGAAGAGGACUUCAAGACACCCAAAGUGGCUGACCUCGUCCUUGUAAUCCAUGGUAUUGGUCAGAAACUCUCAGAAAGGGUUGACAGUUUCCACUUCACUCACGCCAUCAAUAAUUUGAGACGUGAGUUCAACGUUGAGUCGUCAACAGAAGCAGUCAAGGGCAAUCUAAAAGAUCAUUGUGGAAUCAUGGUUCUGCCCGUCAACUGGCGACUCACUGUUUCCUUCGAUGAGGAGAACAAGACGUCUGAUGCGUCACCGAACAAUCAGUACCAACUGAAAGAUAUUACGCCUGACAGUCUCCAAGGUGUUCGUUCUCUGAUCAGUGAUGUGAUGCUCGACAUACCUUAUUAUCUCUCGCAUCACAAAGAGAAGAUGACUUCAGCUGUAAUUCGUGAAGCCAACCGAGUAUACAGGCUUUGGUGCCGCAACAACCCUGGUUUCGAAGAACAUGGUCGUGUGCAUCUGAUUGCCCACUCUCUCGGCUCUGUCAUGGCUAUGGAAAUCCUCAGUCGCCAACCAACCAGACUGACGAAAGACAUGAAGUUCGACACUCAUAUGCCUAGUGAGAAAAUGUUCGAGUUUGACACUACCAACCUCUUCAGCUGUGGGAGCCCGUCAGGGUUCUUCCUUCUCCUGAACAACGCCAGUCUUGUACCCCGCAAAGGACGGGCUAAACCCGGGAUGGAGCUCGAAGACAGACAACCGGGAAUCGCAUUCGAAGCCCAGUAUGGCUGUUUAGCUGUUGACAAUAUCUAUAAUAUAUGCCACCGUAACGAUCCGAUCUCAUACCUACAGAACGCUUCCGUUGACCAGCUAUACUCUACAACACUUGUUCCCGCAGUCAUCCCAACCACUGGAGUUGGUUUGAUGACGCGUAUCAGCAACACCUUACGCUGGGCAUCCAAUCCAGGCUCUGAUGCAUACACAGCUUCAGGUUCGAAUGCCACCCGCCCAGAGCUCACACAAAUGCCCUCUACGGUAGAAAUGGACACCCAUAAUUUCACACGAGAAGAGGUCGCUGAAAAGAGAAUGUACCUCUUGAACGAAAACGGACAGAUCGACUGGUUCCUUGAGUCCGGGGGUGGACCUCUCGAGAUCCAGUAUCUUAACAUGCUCAGCGCCCACAGUAGUUACUGGGUCCUGAGAGACUUUGUAAGAUUUUUAGUUGUGGAGAUUGGAAGGCGACCUGGAAAAGAAAAUACCCUUCCAGUGCUGAGGGCGAGAAAACAGAGGGAGUUUAGACGUGGGAGUCUUGCUUAG